AAUAUUAGUCGUUCUGGACCCAAACUCAGUCCAACAUGAAGUCUGUCACCGGCUGGAUGUGCCUCUACAUCCUCCUCCUGCUCUUAGAUAAGGCAGCAAGUUCCUGGGAUGGUUCCUCAGCUUUGUCCGUGUCCGUGGCUAAUGAUUCUCCAGGAUCACCAGGCACAGGGUCUGAGCCCGGAGCUCAGCCAGAAUUGGUGGACUGCAUCCAGGCCAGUGACAUGUGCAACCAGAACCCUCACUGCAGCUCUCGGUACAGGGUGAUGCGCCAAUGUCUUGUGGGCAAGGAGAAGGAAGCCAUGCUGGACAACAACAGGGAGUGCCAGGCGGCCUUGGAGGUGCUGCUGGUUAGUCCUCUGUAUGACUGCCGGUGCAAGAGGGGCAUGAAGAAGGAGCUGCAGUGUCUGCAGAACUACUGGACCAUCCACAUGGGACUCACUGAAGGUGGAGACAUGGAUGACUCAUCCCCGUAUGAACCUGUAGCACCAAACCGACACCCUGAUGUGUUCCGCUUGGCCUCCAUCUCUUCAGGGAUGCUCACAGUGGCGCCAAAAGGUUUCCACUGUGUCGACGCCGAAAAAAACUGCAACCCCUGUCUUGAUGCGGCCAAAGCCUGCAACCUCAAUAGCAGCUGCAAGAGGCAACGCUCCGCCUACAUCGCUACCUGCAGCAAGGGGGACAACAACAAGGGUGAAACCUGCAGCAAGAAGCGCUGCCACAAAGCGCUGAGGCUGUUCCUGGACCGUGUGGCCCCUGAGUUCAGCCACCGACUGCUUUUCUGCCCAUGUCAGAGUGUGGGCUGUGCCGAACGACGCAGGCAGACAAUCGUGCCUGAUUGCUCCUAUAAAGAUAAGGAGAAACCCAACUGUCUGGAGCUACGGAGGCUCUGCCGCCAGGACCCUCUCUGCAGGUCUAGGCUGGCUGAUUACAUGGUGAACUGCUGGGUGACUCCGCAGGCAGUGAGCACCUGCCCCAACCAAGACAAUCACCAAGCCUGCUUGGCCUCCUACGCAAGGCUCAUCGGAACAGACAUGACUCCCAACUAUGUUGACAGCAGCUUCUCCAACUGGACCAUCUCCCCGUGGUGCACCUGUAAGGGCAGUGGAAACCAAGAAGAGGAAUGUAUGAACUUCCUGCGGUACUUCACCAAUAACACAUGCCUAAGAAAUGCCAUUCAGGCCUUCAGUUACGGGAUGGACAACAUGCAGAACAAAAAUGUGUCACUCCCUGGUCCCUCAGCGACUACGAAAACGGGGUCCGAUUGGUCGACAGGCACCUCAGAACCGCCCUUUGUCACCAUCCUGAAGUAUCCCGAACCAAGAGACGGUGACCUGGGCAAAACCCGAGGCCUGCCAGAGGAUCACUCUGCCUGUCUGUGUGCCAACGUCUGGGCACUGCUUCCCAGCCUGGCUUUGGCUCUGGUCCUGGCUCAGCAUGCCUUAUAGGAGCGCCAGGAGGAGAAAAAGAGGUCAUCCACCCACAAGCUGAUCCCAAAAGCAGAAGGUGUUAUUUCUGAGACUGAUAUUAAGAAGGCUGAAUCUCUGGGCAGUUGACGAAAAUGGUAUUUAUGAAAGCGAAAAAAAAAAAAAGAGUUGGAAACUAUUGAAAUCUUACAAUUGUGAAUUUGUUGUUUAUUUAAUGUAAUGUUAGGGCAGACCACGACUGUGAUAAAGCACAUGGCUUGAAAAAAGGACCCUUGGUAGGAGAGGCCAUGAAGGCCAUUCUUCGGGAACGACUUUCCCUCAGACUGAGACACAAAAUCCUGGAGGACUGAAGCUGAUCAUUUUCAACGCUUGCGCUUUUCCCAACAAAGGAGGGAGAGAGGGAAUGAACAACAUAAUUAAAAAAAGACAGGAUUGACAGAAAAGAAAUUGUUGCAGAGAGAAAAGGAAUGAGCAGGAGGUAAAUUGGGUAGAGUUAAAGCGAAAGGACAAAGAGAGAAAGAAAAAGACAUAUUUCUGCUAUCAGUCUCACUUUUUUUGUCCUGAAUUGGUUCUCGACUUAAUCUUCUCUUGAAUGAACAAACCACAAAUUUAGGGGCGGGUAUAGGGGAUGAUUACAUUCUGUCUCUUCAACACUAGUCUAAACUCUAAACUGUAAAGCCUACUCAGUGUUCUAAGUGUUGGUAUAGUAUCCGUGACCAUAAUCAAUCUACCGUAAAGCUCUUUCAUUUGGGUGCUACAGUAUACUUUCUAAGCAGGCAGCGAAAGAACGAAAGAUUCAGACAUAACUAGUUAACGGUCCUUUGGUCAUUUGAAAUGUUAAUGACUCAAGUGUGCGCCAAACGUCCACCUGCACAUGUGUAUAUUUCUGUCUCUUUGUAUAUAAAAAACUCUUUUUUUUCUUUCAUUCAACCAAAUGACAUCUACGGUACCUUGAAUGGACAUGACUGUACGCUAAGAUGACUCUGUAUUGGUACUAAUGGAAGGUCUUCAUUAUCUGCGUUUAUAUUUGUCUAUAAAGGUUUGAUCACAAAGAAUGUAUACAGGGAUGAGAUUAAACAAGCUCAAACUGCUUGGAAAGCCAUAACCUGUGUGUGAGUAUCAUGCUGUGUUCACUGAGUGUGUG